GUUCAGACACUACCAUUGGAUGCUCUCAUCCAGUUUCUAACCCCUCCAGCUGUCCCGUCCCCGCAGCAUGCACGAGCACUCGUCACAGCGCUGUCGACUCAAACACCUGCUCCGUCCCCUUCAGUCAUGCUGCCGAUUUUAUCGAGUAUAUGUGCUACAAACGCACCGGCCUCCCUGCAGUAUGCGGGGUUUGACGUUCUUGCAGCCUAUUGUUCUUGCGGUACGCACCUUGCGACGUCGGACCGGCUCACGUUUUUCGAUAUAUUGCAGUCUACUUUGGACGGCAAUUGGAACCAGGAGGUUUGGGAAUCGCGUCUAAAGGCGAUGAACGCGCUCACGCCUACGCUAGAAGACGUACUAGGGAUCGAGAAACUACUAUUGGGUCUGCUUUCUGGCUGGCUCAGGCAGGCAUUCGAAGACUAUUGUUCUAAGGAUGCCGACAGACAGGAGCGAGAACGGCCUGUUGAGACAUUGAGUGACGCGUUGAUCGAAUGGUUCUCGCGUCUUGAGGAAUCUGGCCGUCUCCCAGAAGAGCAAGGCUUGUCUUUCUUCGAGUUUUAUCAAUCUCUCGUCGAUUAUGCGUUGCGUUUGCCUCUUGAGGAUGUGCAACAUUCUACUCCACCAACACCUACACCUCCGACAUCCCAGCGGGAUAGCUCCAACACAACUUUUGCGCGACAUAGACGCCAUCCUUCGUCGAUAACCAGUGUACCUUCUCCACUCUCACCACUUAGUCCUAAUAUUCGUACGCAUUCUCCCCCGGUCCGCGGUCCUGUUCAAUUUGCUUCGUCGAUUUAUCUUAAUUUUCUCAAUUCGCGACUGAAGCGGCUCCCUCUUUCAUUUUUACCUUCACUCAUGCCUUUGCUUUUGCGUAUCCUCUCGGCUGUCAUGUCACCUCUCCCGCCAUUAUCUCCGGGUAUAACGAAACGCAAUCCAGUUGAACAUCGCGUUCUCAAGACAAUUACUGCUCUACUCACUGGACCUUAUGCAACCACCUGCCUCAUCCUCCUUCGCCAACUUCUUCUACCCGUUCCCGGAGGUGAUGUUGUUACACAGGUUAGGACGUCUUUGGGCGCACUACGUGCCUUACGACAACAGAUCAGAACCGUUCUAGAAGAUCGCAUGGCUAUGCGUAUCGUUCAGCGAGGAACAUCGUCGUCCGCAACACCCUCUGGCGCACCAGCCUCAGCGGUCGUACUGGACGAUUACUUAAUUGAACGGGCACAACGCGCAUGGACGAAAGAGGGAGCCGCUGUAUGGGAUGCGCGAAAGGUUUCCUUUUUCCUGGUAAAGGCUAUUCAGGAAUGGAACGACACUGCAAUCCCAACUGACAAGGAGCGCAUACUUGAGGAAAUCGCCGGAUUAUUACAUGAUGUCCUGCAAGAGAUGGAUGACCGCUUUGAUGAUCAAGAUUUCCUCGCUGGGAAGGACUUCCACGAUGCCGACACGGGAGGUGCCGUAGGGCGUACACUUCAUGAACUCAUGAAAUAUGUCAAAGGACUUCGUAACGAGGAUGGAAUGCCAAUGAUACUGCCUCUGAGCAACGCUUUUGCAGCACCUACACCUUUCUUACGUGCACUGGCCGAUUGCUUCGGGCACAAACAAUCGUUGUCCUACAUCGACCCGCCUGUAUCCCUUAUCCUCCUUUCCGUCGUAGACCACCUUCUCGAUAUCGAUUCCGAACGCAUCCCAUUGCUGAUGGUUCAACAGCAUUUGUUAAAGCCAACGUCGUUUGAAUGGCUAGGAAACUGGGAGCAAUUGUUGCGCAGUACCCAUCUGUUCAUGCAGACCCGUCCCAGAACAAGGCGAGCAUCGAUCAGCGCACUGCACUCUGUAUUUUCUCUGGUUCGUGAUAUGCAGGGUUAUCGCCGGCCUCUGAUGGAUUACGUAUUCAACUUUUGGACCCAGAUGGUAUCGGGGAGGAACGAGGGUGGUGACGGAUCGACUAUAUGGCGACUACUUGGUGAAGAAGCUGUCUUGCGGGCGACGGAAGAUGACAUCGAUGACCUAUUCACCCCGACGCAGGAGACAACACCGGAUAUCUCCAGCGUGACCGUGCACAUGAUUUUGGCUGCGCUCGCGGCUGCUUCCACUUACUGCGAGUGCGAUGGAGAGAUCGAAGUUUGCGUGAAGCCGGUCGAGGUUCCGCCUGCGUCUCCCAUGGUACCUAUGACGCCUUCAAACACUGUUGCAUCAAAUCUUGCCUCGCCCAUCCUUCCAAGGGUGGCCACUGAGACGCAGGCGCAGCCAAUGGCCAACAUGCAGCAGCAGCUUUUGUCUCUACUCUCAUUUAGUAGCCCUCGGAACCAGAGUCAAAAUCAAGUUCCGCAGGUCUCAAGUCCCGAUGAUAUACUAACAUCAUCUAGUACUCGUGCAGAUCGUUCACCAUUGUCUCGAGAAAGUCCGGAACCUAUCACUGUACCUGUCGUUUGUCGUGGUCUUACUGCGGUUUCUGCCCUAUGCGAAGUCUUCUUGAAGCUCGCAUUCAUUGAUAGUUUGAUGACCACUCGGCAAUCCCGCCUGGCAAUAUAUGUCUUCGGUCAAUUGCUGCGUCUCCUACGUACCGCUCACUGCCCGCGGGCGCGAAUUGCCGUACUGCAAACGCUUACUCGCCUACGCGCUGAUCGUGAUCACCGAGUUUACUUUGCACGCGCUCCCGAGGAGCAGGACCAGCAGAUCCUAUCCCUCGCGCGGCUUGUAGGACGGCUCCGUGAUUCUUCAGCCGUUUGUGCUCCAGUUGACGAAGCACGCGCAGAAGAGAUCUUUCUUGAAAGGGCACGAGCUGCUCAAGUGCUAGACCGCGAUGGGAGAAGGGCAUCUCGUGGCCGCGGAAGUAGGAGAUCAGGUACUGUGAGUCGAAGUAGGUCCAGAGCGCCUGGACAUACGAGCCAGUCGGCGAACUCCGCCAAUGUCAGACCUCGAGAUCAACUGUGGGCUGAACCCGACGUCGUCCCGUUCUCACUAGACAAUGCUGAUAAAGGGAGUCAAAGGCUGGUUACUUAUGAUCCUAUCGGGCCAAACGAUGCGAUUGUGCUUCCAGUCUCCGAUUAUAUGGAUGAGCUGGUGGAAAUUAUCAAGACAGACCGUGAUUGGGAAGUGCUUUCAUAUGUCCUCGUUCAUCUCCCAGCACAACUUGCGAAUAAGCACUUUUGGUGUGGUCCAAUUGCUCGGGAGUCCAUUUCGAAGUUGCUCGCAGAACUGUGUCAGAGCAUAAAGGCUAACACACUCGGGAAAUAUGUAAAUCAAGAGGAGUGGCCAACGUUGUCAAAAUCCCGAGAUGCGAUUGGACUGGCAUACCAUACACUAACAGUGUUGAUAAGCUACAACACAAUAUUUGACCCUGCAAAACGCAAAACGCUCCUUGACAUCCUCCAGAUGGGUUUGAGCGGAAAAGGUGACACUGUCAUAAUUUGUACACACGCACUCAACCUCUGUGUAUACGAGAUGGAGACGACCGUGGUUAAGGAGCUGCCAAGCAUUUUGGAAAAACUCACCCAGAUCGUUUCAAACCCCUCAAUAGCCGUGCAUAUUCUUACUUUCCUUGGGAACCUCAACUCAUUACCGAACAUCUAUUCGAACUUCACACAUGCCGAUUACAAACUUGUCUUCGCCGUAGCACUGCAGUACCUUCAACAUCACAAUCGUCUGGAGACAUCUAGAGAAAUGCCGUUUUCGCUCUCACAACACGUCCGUAUUAUGUCUUAUUACGUUCUUUACAUGUGGUUCUUGUCUUUGAAACUGGAAGACCGGGCGCAGCACGUGCCAUUCAUUGUGCGUCAACUAUUACUCGCAAACAAUGAUGAGGACCGCAACGAGAUCGACGUCCCGACGGAGGUCGCUUUUGACUUGCUGGCUAGGUACACGUAUGCAAACGCAGAUUCAAAGCCCGCACAGUCUUUACUGGGUGAUAUUCUCUCCAAGCCUAGCGAAGGUGCACCGGAUAACGGGGCUAUACAAGAGAAAUCUUGGGUUAUGGGCUAUUCAAUCGUAACCGUACGACUUCUAGCGAAGUCCGGUUGGUUGGAGGUUACUACGCGCAGGCCAUCCGGGACGACGAGAUUCCUCUGCAAAUCAGAGAAUGUGCCAUUAGUAAACUUAGGCGACCUUGAUCCUGAUAUGGUUACCAUUCCAGCAAGUUUGAUGAUGGACAAGGAUCCGAGCUUUCUGAGGUCGAUCCUAUCCUCUGACGAGGCUACGGAAUCGAGCGAUGAGCCAUCCGAGACGUCUGAAGGUGGCGAUGAGUUGGCUAACCAAGUCUUCAAAUUACCCGACGAAGCUGGGGAGAACGUUGCUCGUCCAGAUCCCGUGAAAGGUUACGUCUGGACUGGAUCCGCACCAUCGCAGAGACGAAAACGGGUUGACCUUGAUCCAUCUUUCUUCCCGUUGCAAUUUUCACCGUACCCGGAUACGAAGAGCAUACAACGUAGAGGGCGAAUCGUCCGUGACACUCGAGCGCUCGCUUCUGCGAUCCGGACUCUGGACCGAAUACCCGUUAUUGAUACGCACAAAGUCGGUAUUUUGUACGUCGGACCGGGACAGACAGACGAAAUUGCCAUACUGAGAAAUACGAGAGGAUCUCCUGCAUACGCAAGGUUCCUGGAAGGGUUGGCACGACUAAUCAAAGUCCGAGGUCAACUCGAUGUAUAUACCGGUGGUCUUGAUCCAGACGAGGAUGGCGAGUACGCCUUUGCUUGGUGGGAUGAUGUGGGACAGGUUUUGUAUCACACUGCAACAAUGAUGCCAAAUUGCGAGGAUGAUGAGCGAUGCAACUUCAAGAAGCGACAUAUUGGCAAUGACCUAGUCCGAAUCGUGUGGAAUGACUCUGGGCUACCCUACCGCUUCGACACCCUUUCCACAGAAUUCCAAUUUGUCAAUAUUGUCAUUGAGCCUCACUCGCGCGGUGCAAUUGCUGCUUAUUCUGACAACAAGCACGAGAACGAGUACUUCAAGCUCAUCGUACAAUGCGCGGAGGGUAUGGCCGAGUUCGCACCGAUCGGCGAUUUCAAGAUAGUAUCCGCAAAAAGCUUGUCGAUUCUCGUCCGUCAACUCAGUCUUGUAGCUGACUGGUACGCCUCAAUCUUCAAGGAUACUGUUAGAGACACUGAGAGGAAUGAGAUUGUCACCAAUUGGCGUGCACGGUUGGAGACCAUAAAAAAAUUCGCGAGUACUGUCCCGAGCCCAUACGAAAAUGUUCCGGUCGAUCAUGGUGUCAUGGGAAUGCAGGCCUCUCUUGAUUUCACUCCCGGGUAUUGAUUUACCCUGGGCAUUCGUCACUUUUCUUCUUUAACUUUUAUUGUCGAGGUUUUCGUCGAUUGGGCUGCACUUAUCGUGGUUUCUGGGAGUUCGUUCAACUUUUUUAUUCGGUCUGCGAUCUAGCUUGCCCAUGAUAUCAUUGUACAAUAUCCACCUACUACUGAACCGUAGUUGUUUUCAAUUCAUUUGAUAUCAUUCGAGCCGUGCUGAUUUGAGGUGUACG